AAAAUUGACUUAAUUUUGAAUAACCAAAAAACAGUCUAUAAAUUAACAAGAAAAAACAAAAUACAAAAAGUGUUGGAAAAAAUUUAAUAUUUUCUCAAAUAAAUUUAAAAAAAAAAAAUAGUUCUAUAAAACAAAGAACUUGCUAGUGCUGAUUGUGAAUUUUACAAAAUACUGAAAUAUUUAAGAACCACCACACAACUCAAACUUCGCAAUAUUGAAAGAAACUAGAUGCUCUACAACGGAUAAACAGUGUUUUUAAGCCCUGCAACCCGUUACCAAUAGAAGCCUUGCAAUAGAAGUACCCACCAAGAUGACAUCUUUACACCUGCUAAUACUAUUAUGAGAAGUCCUUGGCAUACUCGUCAGUUUUCCGAGGUUGGAUAUCUAUUACUAUUUUUGUCUUUAAUUUCAUUACCCAACAUAGAUUCACAUACUGAUGCAUCCUAUUCUGGAAUAGAAAAUGAAACACCUUCUGUGGCUCCGAAAUUUUUAUCUCGCGGGCAUCUGUACAAAGUUAUUGUUGGCGAGACGAUUGAGCUACCAUGCAAAGUUCAAAAUCUGGGGUCAUUUGUGCUUCUAUGGAGAAAGGGAUCGUCAGUCCUUACUGCAGGACACUUGAAGAUUAGCAGAGAUCCAAGAUUCAAAAUUGUUGGAGAUUACAAUUUGCAAAUUAAUGGAGUGAAAACACAAGAUGCCGGAGACUAUAUCUGUCAACUUGGUGAUCAGGAAAAUCGAGAUCAAGUACAUACUGUGGAAAUAUUAGUGCCUCCAACACUACGUGCUCUCCCACAUAACGGCCAAGUAACUGCAAGGAAAGGCAGCACCGUCACGCUGGAAUGUAAAGCAUCUGGAAAUCCCGUACCAACGAUAUACUGGUUUAAAAAGGAUAUGUUUUCCGGACCUACACAUUUAUCCGACAGCUCGACAUUAAUAUUGGAAAACGUAGACAGACAUCAUGCUGGAAUAUAUCAAUGUUCUGCCGAUAAUGGUGUUAAAGAAAGAGUUUCGAUGGAUAUUCAAUUAACGAUUUUAUCACCCCCAGAAAUAACCGUUGAAAAGUCAUGGGUUCAUGCUGCCGAAGGGUACGAUAUAGAAUUAGUGUGUAUUGUUCACGGAGAUGUUAAUUCAGAGAUGCUUUGGUAUCAGAAUUCUUUUUUGUUAGACGCAACUGAUAGACGGUCAAUGUACUCACGAGAUGACCGUUACAGCUUAAUAAUAAGAAAUUUCCAGUCCUCCGAUUUUGGAAACUACAGUUGUGUAGCUGAUAAUGCACUUGGAAGAACUAAAAAAUAUAUAGAAGUAUCAGGAAGACCUGGUCCUGCCGAUUUUAUUUCUCCAGCCUUAAGCGGUUCUUUAGAUCAUUAUAAUCUAACGUGGACGAUUGAAACAAUUCCGGCACUCGAAGAAACAAAGCUUUUAUAUAGAAGGCUUUUGAUGAAUGAAACUUACCAGCAUCCUGGGAAAUGGCAUGAAUUCCACAUAAAGGCCACAGCGGUUAGAACAGACAACACUCAUUACAUAAUGUCAUAUGUUAUAAAAAAUUUGGAACAUAAUGCCGUAUAUGAAGCUAUAGUUCAAGCUAGAAAUAAAUAUGGAUGGAAUGAGAUCAGUGACAUACAUCAAUUCUAUACAAGAAAUCACGAUUUGCUUCUAGAUUUGGAUAUGGAAUAUAAAAUGGGAAUUUCAGGAGGAGUAAAAAACAAAAUAUGGAUUACUUGUGUACUUCUGUCAUUUUGUUUAUGUUUAUUUGAGACAUAUUCCUUUUAAUUAUAUUAUCUGACAAUUAUUGUUUAAAUUAUGAAAUGUGCCUUACAUUAAGUGUUUAUUUGUUACAAUAUUUCUACUUUUUAUCUCUGUAUUUCUAAAGAUAGUUAUUUAUAGAGACCGAAAUUCAUUCCAUUGUGUCCAUUGUUCAUAUUCCAUUUUUAUAUAUAACACAUUUAGUUUUCAUUACAUUUUUCGCAAAUGUUAACUAUAAAAACAUAUGUAAGAUAAGGUGAUUGUUUAAGUUUUAAAUAUUACAGGUACAUGUAAAACCUAUAAUAUUUAGGAUGUGUAAUUGGUUGAUCAAUUGGAUAUGGCCCCAUAGAUGGCAAUAGUUAAGUACUUUAGCAGCAGUGUGUUGAUAUGAUACCUUAUAUUUACGAAUCCUUAGUAUGUAUGAGCGUGCUAUAUAUGUAUUUCAUAUCUAACAUGACAAAAAUCUUAGCAAUGUAUAAAAUAAGCAAAUGUAUAUAAACAUUAAAUGUUUUAUUCGUAAGUUUUAACCAUAAAAUAACGUAAAUGUAUUCGACUUAACCGAAUCUUAUAUACCCACCAUUAUUAUCUAUGCAGAAGAUGUAGAACGACAGUUUUGCCUAAAAGCAACGCCGUCGUAAUACUCCUUAAAAUAUUUAAUUUGUUUAACAAAAUAUUGGAUAAAACCUAGAUUUUACUAUUGUCACAAUAGCUAUUAAUUAAGAGCAAUCAAUGAAUCAAUGUAUGUAUGUAGUUAUUGAAGCAGAUCUCGACAUGGUAAACUACAUCCAUAGAUAUUCAGUUAUAAGUAGAAUUAUUUUUUAUUUAAAUAUAUAAAAACUGUUCAAACAUUA